AUGGCUUCUGUACUGAACAAUUCACGUUCAGAUACGCUCUUUCUCGGUGGCGAGAAAGUUAGCGGCGAUGAUAUCAGGAAUCAAAACGUUCUGGCAGCUCUAGCGGUCGCAAAUGUGGUGAAAACUUCGUUGGGACCAGUCGGAUUGGACAAAAUGCUGGUCGACGACAUCGGUGACUUCACAGUUACCAAUGAUGGAGCUACAAUUCUAUCUCUACUGGACGUACAACACCCAGCAGGUAAGAUCCUGGUGGAAUUGGCUCAACAGCAAGACCGCGAAAUUGGAGACGGGACCACCAGUGUGGUCAUUAUCGCAUCUGAGCUGCUCAAGAGAGCCAACUCCCUGGUGAAAAAUAAGAUCCAUCCAACGACAAUCAUCACAGGUUUCCGCGUGGCUCUCAGAGAAGCUAUUAGAUACAUCAACGAGGUUUUGUCGAUGAGUGUGGAAUCCUUGGGCAAAGAGUCGCUUGUAAACAUUGCGAAAACUAGUAUGUCAUCCAAGAUCAUUGGGUCAGACUCAGAUUUCUUCGGAAACAUGGUCGUGGACGCUCUUUUGGCCGUCAAAACCCAAAACUCUAAGGGCGAAAUCAAGUACCCAGUCAAGGCCGUCAACAUUCUAAAGGCUCACGGUAAGUCUGCUCGUGAAUCGGUUCUUGUGCAGGGCUACGCACUAAACUGCACCGUAGCGUCCCAGGCCAUGCCAAAGCGCCUUGGCGGAGGCAACGUGAAAAUUGCGUGUCUGGACAUCAACCUUCAAAAAGCCAGGAUGGCCAUGGGCGUCCAGAUCAACAUAACAGACCCCGAUCAGCUGGAAGAAAUCCGCAAACGUGAAGCAGGCAUCGUUUUGGAAAAAGUCAGAAAGGUCAUAGCUGCAGGUGCCAACGUGGUGCUCACCACCAAGGGUAUCGACGACCUGUGUCUGAAGGAGUUUGUGGAGGCCAAAGUGAUGGCAGUCAGAAGGUGCAAGAAAGAGGAUCUCAGAAGAAUUGCCAGGGCCACUGGUGCUACGUUGAUCAGCUCCAUGUCUAAUUUGGAAGGUGACGAGGUCUUUGAGCCUUCAUCUCUGGGAACGUGUCAAGAAGUGUCACAGGUAAGAUUCUCUGACGACGAAUGUAUCCUGGUAAAGGGUACAUCCAAGCACUCUUCUUCUUCUAUUGUGCUGCGCGGUGCUAACGACUACUCGUUAGACGAAAUGGAGCGUUCCGUUCACGACUCUUUGUCUGUCAUCAAGAGAACGCUGGAGAGCGGCAACGUUGUUCCAGGCGGUGGUUGCGUGGAGGCUGCGCUGAAUAUAUACCUCGACAAUUUCGCCACAACUGUCGGAUCGCGCGAGCAGCUGGCCAUUGCCGAGUUUGCUGCUGCUUUGCUGGUCAUACCCAAGACGUUGGCUGUGAACGCUGCGAAGGACUCGAGCGACCUGAUCGCCAAGCUACGGUCGUACCAUGCGGCCAGCCAACAGGCCCAGUUGGAGCAUGUCAAGAGAAGAAACUACCGCAACUACGGGCUGGACUUGAUCCGUGGCAAGGUCGUGGACGAGGUCCAAUCCGGUGUUUUGGAGCCCACCAUCAGCAAAGUGAAGUCGCUGAAAUCCGCGCUCGAGGCGUGCAUUGCGAUCCUGAGAAUCGACACCAUGAUCACCGUGGACCCUGAGCCACCCAAGGAGGACCCUCACGGCCACCAUUGA